AUGGGAGUACCAAAGUUCUUCAGGUACACCAGUGAAAGGUAUCCGUGCCUAAACGAAUUAGUAAAGCAAUAUCAGAUACCUGAAUUUGACAACAUGUAUUUGGAUAUGAAUGGUAUUAUACACAAUUGCUCUCAUCCUGAUGACUCAAACCCACAUUUUCGUAUUACUGAAGAAAAGAUAUUUAAAGAUAUCUUUCAUUAUAUUAGUAUCUUAUUCCAAAUUAUUAAGCCAAAGAAAUUAUUCUUUAUGGCUAUUGAUGGUGUUGCUCCUAGAGCUAAAAUGAACCAACAACGAGGAAGAAGAUUUAGAUCAGCAAGGGAAGCUGAGCAAUUAGAAGAAACAGCAAAAUCAAAAGGUGAAGUGUUACCUGCGGAAAAAAGAUUUGACAGUAACUGUAUUACUCCAGGCACUGUUUUUAUGGCUCGUUUGCAUGAACAACUUAAAUAUUUUGUUAAGGAGAAAAUGACAAAUGACCCACUAUGGGCUAAAGUGAAAGUUAUAUUAUCAGGACAUGAAACUCCGGGAGAAGGUGAACACAAGAUAAUGGAUUAUAUUCGGUGGGCGAGGUCUCAACCUGACUAUGAUCCGAAUAUUCGUCAUUGCCUGUAUGGUCUUGAUGCUGAUUUGAUUAUGCUGGGCAUGUGCACUCAUGAGCCACAUUUUGCUUUACUUCGUGAAGAGGUAAAAUUUGGUAGGUCAACACAGCGGGCGACAAGUCCUGAAGAAACCAACUUCUACCUUCUCCACUUGUCUCUACUCAGAGAAUAUUUAGAACAAGAGUUCAUAUCUAUAAAAGAUAAAUUACCUUUCCCAUUUGAUAUUGAGAAAAUUGUUGAUGAUUGGGUAUUAAUGGGGUUCCUUGUGGGAAAUGAUUUUAUACCCCACUUACCUAACAUGCACAUCAACAACGAUGCAUUACCACUUCUAUACAGAACUUAUAUGACUGUUCUUCCAACUUUGAGUGGAUAUAUAAAUGAAGCGGGAGAUUUAAAUUUGGAAAGGUUUGAAAUAUUCAUGCAAGAAUUAGCUAAAAUUGAUAAAGAAAAAUUCCAAGACACAUAUGCAGAUUUGAAGUAUUUUGAGGCUAAAACUGGUAGACGGCCAAACGCACUGGAGAGGAAAGAGUACAAGCCAAAUAAUGAUGACACAUUUAAUGUGAAUAUUGAAGAUAUUAAAGCAAACAAGCCCGAUGAUGAAUUGCAAGCAUUAAUAAAUGCCACUCAUGAAAUGUUUAUGGAAGAUAUGGAACAUGAUGAUGAAUAUGAAGAUACAAGUGAUGAGGAAGCAAAUAUUGAAAUGGAGUUUCUUUUACACAAAAAAGACUAUUAUAUGAACAAAUUGGAUUAUUCCAAAGUUACAGAUGAAGUGUUACUUGACCAAGCAGAAGGAUAUGUGAGAGCGAUUCAAUGGAAUCUAUUUUAUUACUACAAGGGCUGCCCGUCCUGGUGUUGGUACUACCCGCAUCAUUAUGCACCAUACAUAUCAGAUAUUAAAGGGUUCAAGGAUUUGAAAAUUGAUUUUGAACUGGGAGAGCCUUUUAAACCAUUUGAGCAGCUAUUAGCAGUACUCCCGGCGGCCAGUAAGAACUUACUGCCGUCUCCCUUCCACGAUCUCAUGACGGACGAGGACUCCCCCAUUGUGCACUAUUACCCGGUGCACUUUGAGACCGACCUCAAUGGCAAGAAAAAUGACUGGGAGGCAGUCGUUUUGAUACCUUUUAUUGAUGAGGUAAAUCUCCUAUCAGCGAUGUCGCCCUGCUAUCAAAGACUAACCGAAGAGGAAUUGAAGCGUAACAUGCACGGGCCCAUGCUGGUGUAUGAAUGGACGUCGGAAAAUUUAGGUCCAGUCAAAGCUCCACAAUACUUCCCAACCAUCCCAGAAGGUCAUGCAAUGGAAAAAGCAGUAUGGCGUUCCGAGUUGGAUGUUCCGGACGCGCAGUUAAAACGCGGUAUGCUGCCCAAUGCCGAUCGCGAUCUACUAUACCCGGGAUUUCCCACUAUGCGACAUUUGAAGUAUCGGACAAGCAUAAAGAAGUGCAAAGUGAAAGUGUUCGACCAACCGUCGCGCAACGAGAAUAUGAUAGUUGAGAUCAUUCCCACCGAGAGCGUGGACCCGCCGCUGGAGGAGCUGGCGCGGCAGCUGCUGGGCCGCGUCAUAUGGGUUAGCUGGCCGCACCUCACAAGGGCUAAAGUAAUCUCUGUGUCAAACGAGAAAAUGCGUCUUCAUCACAUCGACAAGGAAAACAACAAUCUGGAAGGUCCGAGUUUCUCCACAGAACUCAAUACGGGCAACUUACAUAAGCAAUGGAUAUCAGAACGAUCUACAAUUAUAGAACACAAUUCCAACCGUCUUGGUAUUGAUUUGAAUGAUGUGAAAGUGAUAGUCCAUGCUGUUAAUAUCAAGGGUUACAAGUAUGUGAUAGAAGACAACACAAGGAUGUCCGUCCGCGAGCAGUGGUGUGCGGUGGCGUGCGGGUACGCGCUGCAGGCGGUGGUGCGCGCCGCGCGCGCGCCCGCGCCGCCACCCGCGCCGCCCGCGCCGCGCGCCGCAUACCCGCCCGGCGACACCGUCUUCCUCGUCACCAAGGGGCAGUACUACGGCUGUAUGGCCACGGUGGUGAGCGCGGAGGCGAUCCGCAGCGGGCGCAUCAAGGUGUGCGUGCGCGAGCGCGAGGAGCCCGCGCCGGCCGCGCGCGCCGCCGCCUGCGCCUACCGCGCCGCCAACCACGCCGCCGCCGCCUGCGGUAUAUCCACCCAAAUGCUGUCCCGCAUCACGGGCACAGUGCUGGUGGUGACAGGCGAGCGCAACGACCUGCCCACCGAGACACAGAACAAGCUCAAUAUUGGACUCAACCUGAAGUUUAAUAAGAAGAAUCAAGAAGUGUCGGGCUACACCCGUCGCUGCAAGCUCACCAACGCGUGGCUUUAUUCGCAACGGUGCAUUGACCUGGUGCGGGCGUACGAGAGGCAGUUCCCCGACCUGUUCGACAAGCUGGCGUAUUCGUCGAACAAUGAUGUGUACUUUGAGAGCGACUUGUGGCCGCAGGAUGUUGGCAAAAACAAGCCUCAAGACGUGGUCCAGUGGAUCAAAAGCCAGCCUCACUCCACGGCAGUGCGCCGAGAGUGCGGCUCCGAAGCGCUCGAACCUGAGGAGAUGAAGGCCUUGUCUUUGAGCUUGGAAAAACAACUUCAAGAGUUGAAGGACAAGGAAAGAAACGUCACCUUGCAUGUUAAAUGGAAUUUGUUGUUCAAGCCCGAGCUGCAGCUGGGCAACGUGCCGCCGGACAGCGCCGCGGACUUCCGGCUGUACGACCGCGUGGUGUGCGUGGCGCGCUGCGGGGCGCCGCUGGGCGCGCGCGGCACCGUGACGGCCGCGCACCCGCCCGCCGCCGCCGCCGCGCCCGUGCGCCUGUCCGACCGCCUCAACGCGCAGCCCUCCUACCAGGUCAUGUUCGACGAGCCCUUCCCCGGCGCCCACGCUGAGGAUCACUUCGAGGACGCACGCUUCUACAGGAUGAUCCCGGCCAACAUGCUGAACAUCUCGUUCGGGCGCAAGCUGCGCGGCGCGGCGGCCGACGCGCAGCCCUUCAGCUACACGCCCACGCUGCUGCGCCGCGACCAGCAUCACUCCGCCUUUGCUAGUUAUAGUCCUCCAAGAGAAAUCAAAACACCUCUACUAACAGAUAAUAGGAAUAACACUGCAAAUAACAAUCUUAAAAAUGGCGAACCACAGGAUAAUGCCACAAAUCUAUUAAGAAGCUUGUUGAAAAUUAGUGAAAGUGAAGCAGAAGUGAAUAAAGUAAAUAAUAAGGUGCAAAAUCAACCCGAUGCCAAUUCUAGUUGGCGCGCUAAAAGCGACCAGCCGGUGCUCUCCCCGCCCACUAAUAGCUUUAUGCAACCUUUUUGGAAUUUGUUUGCUGGAUCGGCGCAACAAAAUUGGCGCAAAGAUAACUCCUUUAACCGUCCACAACCUCCCCACAGCAGUGAGUGGACCAACUAUGCGUACAAAAAUCCACCGCCAAUGCCGCCGUUCCCAACGUUCGGACAACCGUUCCAGAGUUCGACCCCUCAGAUCCCCUUCCCGCAAUUCAACCGCAACCAGUUCGGUUACCAUGACAACCGCAACCACGCCCCAACCCAGCACAACCAGAAUCAGAAUAACCAGAACCAAAACCACUUCCCCAAGCACUUGCCCAAUGUUGGACAGGUCUUGUUGGGGCCCACGUGGAAUAAAACGAGCAAACAAACAGUGCCGAGUCCCAGUCAGCCGCCCGCCAACAGUGUCCACGCAAGUGCUAGUUCGGAUAAAUUAAGCAAUCCAUUUGUUCCAUUGCAAGUGCAAACAAGUCAACGACGAGUACAAAACACGAGUGGUCCAUCGUCAAGAAGAGACCUGGAAGGCCUGGCUGCGCCGAAAACGAUUCAACCAGUACCACAGCCUCUCAGUCAGCCGAUAUCUCAACAACAAGGAACCUCAAGGCCGCAAAAGAAGAAGAAACCAAGAAUAGCAGCAAAUCUACCGUUUCAAAUCGAU